AUGAUAGCCAAGCAAGAGAUUGAAGAAUUCCUGCGGCAUAUUGAAGAUGCAACGGAGGAUACAGCCCUGUACUAUUUGGAAAUGUGUAAUGGAAACUGUAGUGAUGCGCUAAAUUUGUAUUACGAAAUAAAUGGGGAACCUACUUCGCAUAGCCAACAUCAUAAUGAUGGAAUGGGACAAGGGGAAGAAACAUUAGAAGAUGCGGACACACAACAAGUUGGAAUAGAGGACGCAAGAGAUCGAACCCAGGACGCAAGGGAUCGAACCCAGAACACAAGAGAUCGAAACGAACAUGUAACAGACCAAAUGGAAGACUACAGUACUGAAUAUGACGACUGUAUUAGAGAACCAGAUAAACAUUUCAGUCAAGCCUUAAUUCAUGAUAUGGAUAAAUCUAACUUUUUACAUUUUAAUGAGAAAAAUAAAAAGGAUAAAAAAAGCAAAAUCGAAUUAGGAGAUGCUAUUGGAAAACUCUUUUCCCCUCCUGUAUUUCUGAAUUGCAACUUAUCAUUGGAAGAAGUGCGUAAAAAGUCUAGAAAAGAAGAUAAGUAUAUACUUGUCAAUAUCCAAGAUUCAGAAUUUGAAUCCAUGCGUCUCAAUAGAGAUAUAUGGAAUAAUGAAGUGAUUCAAGAAAUAAUAAAAGACUUUUUCAUUUUCUGGCUUCGUUAUGAGCAUGACCAAGAUGCUAUGAUAUUCAUGAGCACGUACAAGGUAACAAAACUGCCACACAUCUGCGCACUGUGCAAAAGGACGGGUCGAAAACUUAAAGUGUGGAAUCUGAAAAACUUCCAGGAUCCCAUAUGUGCACAAUCACAAUUGUACGAAUUUAUCGAAAAGAUGGAACCAAAAAAUGAAUCGGAUAAUAGUACUGUUAAUAAAGAUGGAAUUAUGUUUGAAAAAUGCAUUGAAGCACUUCCAAGUGGAGAGGAUAAUAACAAAAGUAUGUUUAAUAACAUGAAUGAAAAUAAAAUUAGUAGCACUUUAAAAAAUAUGGAUAUCAGGGUUAAUGAAAUUCAUGCCAAUAUGAAUAAAAAUAAAAGUUGUGGGAAAUCUACAGAUUUGUUAAAAAACACAAAUGAUGCAACAAACGGUAGGACAGAUGGUGUAGUACAGUAUAACAAAAUAAAUAAUGAAUUAUCUGAACUGCACAAAUUAAGGUUACAACGAUUCCAGAAGAGGUAG